CCGUUUAAAAAGAAGCAGGGAAGCGCCAAUACGCAUAUACCGGGUUAAAUACCCCGCCAGCCAUGGGAGACUAAGUACAGGAAAGCGCUGUCACGGCUCAAUCGUCAAAGUUGCGAUAAUAACACGCUGAUUAAUCUGUAAGUCUAAUCAAAUGCCGUCUUAUGUAGGAUAAUUCUUUACAAAGAGGAGCGCGGCAGAGUCCCGCACGGAAGAGGGGAGGGAGAGAAACUUUUUUCCCUAAAAGUUUGUGUAAGCUUUCACUUUCUAGGCGGGGUUACUGUAAGCUGCAGCAUGGAGUGAGAGAAACAGGACGGCGAGCGAUUGCAAUGCAGCACCACACCGAGCUUCCACCCAACUUAAAUAAGCUCUCCAAUUCUCCUUUCUAAAAAUAACCAUGUACUCCCCGUACUGCUUGACACAGUAUUACCCUACUCACCUUCUAAACAAUGCAUUAGUGGAUGAAUUUCAUCCCUUCAUCGAGGCCCUCCUCCCCCAUGUCCGUGCCUUCUCCUACACCUGGUUCAACCUGCAGGCCCGUAAGCGCAAGUACUUCAAGAAGCAUGAGAAGAGGAUGACCAAGGACGAGGAGCGCGCAGUGAAGGACGAGCUGCUGGGGGAGAAGCCGGAGAUCAAGCAGAAGUGGGCCUCGCGCCUGCUGGCCAAGCUCCGCAAGGACAUCCGGCCCGAGUUCCGCGAGGACUUUGUGCUCACCAUCACGGGGAAGAAGCCCCCCUGCUGCGUGCUGUCCAACCCCGACCAGAAGGGCAAGAUCCGCCGCAUCGACUGCCUCCGCCAGGCCGACAAGGUGUGGCGGCUGGACCUGGUGAUGGUCAUCCUGUUCAAGGGCAGCCCCCUGGAGAGCACGGACGGCGAGCGGCUGGUCAAGUCGCCCCAGUGCUCCAACCACGGCCUGUGUGUCCAGCCGCACCACAUUGGAGUGUCGGUCAAGGAGCUGGACCUCUACCUGGCCUACUUCGUCCACACGCCAGAACAAUCAGGACAAUCAGACAACUCAAACCAGCAAGGAGAAACAGACAUCAAGCCCCCACCCAAUGGGCACUUGAGUUUCCAGGACUGCUUUGUGACUUCAGGGGUGUGGAACGUAGCCGAGCUGGUCCGCGUGUCACAGACCCCCGUGGCUACAGCGACUGGUCCCAACUUCUCCCUGGCCGACCUGGACAGCCCUGGCUACUACAACAUCAACCAGGUGGCCCUGGGACGGCGCUCCAUCACCUCCACCCCCUCCACCAGGACUGAAAUGGAGCUUUAUGCAAGUCUCCCACGGAGCUCCAACAAGCGCAAGUCCAUUGACGACAGCGAGAUGGAGAGCCCGGUGGACGAUGUCUUCUACUCGGGCCGUUCCCCAGCGGCCGGCAGCAGCUCUCAGUCCAGUGGUUGGCCUAACGAUGUGGAUGCAGUGCAGCACCAUUUGGCCAGUGUGCAGGAGAGGAAGAUUAAGCAUGAGAGCGAUGGAGUGCAGUUUCCUUACCAUGGACUCUCAUCGCCUGGUUCUCUUAAGAAGCCGGGGAAAUUCGAUUUCAGCGCCCUGUCCUCCCAGACGAGGUCCCCCCGCAUGGCGUUCACCCACCACCCACUGCCAAUGCUGGCGGGAGUGAGACCAGGGAGUCCCCGUGCCUCAGCCUCGGCCCUGCACUUCCCGUCUCCCUCCAUCAUCCAGCAGUCCAGCCCCUACUUCACCCACCCAACCAUCCGAUACCACCACCACCCUGGACAGGACCCCCUGAAGGAAUUUGUGCAGUUUGUCUGUGCCGAUGGCUCAGGACAGGCCGCCGGACAGCAUACUCCACGCCAGGCGCCACAGCUCCCAACAGGUUUGUCGGCAUCGGAUCACGGGACAACAACUUUCUGAACAUCCCGCAGCAGACACAGUCUUGGUUCCUCUGACAAGACCUGUGUGCAAACCAGCAACUAGAAUUCUUUCUUUACAAUCGGAAAUAGAAAACAGAGAAACAACACGCAGGAUAAUUGCCCUCCAACCAACCCACCGGCCAGCCCUUACAGUAUGUCUCACCUAGUAUAAAAUAUAACCAAGCAACGCAACCAGGAAAUCUCAGCAGCAUGACGCUUUUAGAGGAACUCUGGACUCAUUUACCCAGUCAGAGGGAAAACGCCCCAUUUUAAGGAUUGAUGGAUGGAUGGAUGGACAAGAGGAUGGCAGGAUAAAGAGGGGUAGGACGACGAACAGCAGCAAGCGGCAGGCAUCUCUCCUGAAACCACCGAACCAGCACAACAUAGCAGCCACACGAGAGGAACCCGAGGAUGGAAGAAAAAAAAAAAAAAAAGUUAAUUUCUUCUACUUCACGAGGAUGCAUUGUGCAAUAAAUGGCAACGAAAAUCAACUGUCCAACAGUCAGGUUUCCACAACGACACAUAUACACACACAAGCAGGUCAACACAGGCACGGGCUUAGAAAUUCAAAUUUAAGCUGCAAAGCCUGACCAGCAAUGAAUCCAAACCCCAAUGCAAAGCAAAGACACAAAUUGGUUUCCAAAUGAAAGCUGCAGUCCAUGCUACUGUGAUGUCUGUCAUCACCCAAAAUGAACGCAAACACCAACUGUCCAAUUGACCAAUGUUUCUCUCCUUCUGAACAACCAUUGACUCUAUAAAGCCCCCUUCCCCCUACUACUAACUAGACAGAGACCAUGCCAAAACAUAUCUUGAUUAAGGGUUGCACUACAAGCUGAAUCAAUUAACACUAAUCUUAUGAUGUGCACUAUUUACCUACAAGGCAUGGGAGGUAAACCAGGCUUGCCUAUUAUGAGUUUUAAAGAGGAAAAACCAUGGUACAAGAAGCCUUCACAUGUCCUCAGCCCCAUUGUUCAGUUUCGGUUCAACAGCUCGUUGGCCUCCAGUCACUGUUGCAAAUCCCAACACAACACACACGCACACACACACACACACACACCCACACCCACACCCACACCCACACCCUGGAAGUCAAAUCAUAUAGAUCACACUAUCUGUGCCAUGACCACAGCAAUUACACACGAUUUCUCUUAAUAUGAUCUUAAAAGAUAUAUGCACUCGCGCGCACACACACACACACACACACACACACACACACACACACACACACACACACACACACACACACACACACACACACACACUGUGGCUCAGUCUCACUGUUUAGAUUCUAGUAGAUAUAGGUGGUGUUCUUGUAUAUCAUGUUUUCAUUUUUUUGCUAUGCACACAAGCCUAGUAAACACUCUCCACCCAUUUGAUUAGAUUUCCAAACCAGCAUCGCAUGCACACACACACACGUGCACACAAACACACAGUCACUGACCGAAAAAUUACAUUGAGUCAUCCUCGUCAUUACCGAAAAUUUUCACAAUAGACAACAGCUAUUGGUUCCACCCCCUUUGCCCCCUUUUGUAAUGUAGAAUAAUGAUUUUGUUAUCUCGCGUGUCUUCUCUUAUUUGAAUUUAUUCCUUUGAAUUUGUACUAUUUUAUAAUUGUUUUGUAUUUGAAUGACAGCACCUUAUAGAGAAACACAAUGGGAAGAAGUGGGAUGUUGAAACAGUAUAGACAGGGUGGGACGCUGGCCUGGGUCGAGUAGUAUUUGCGAAUAAUUUGAAUGCCUUGUCAGGUGCCAGACGGAUGUAUUUGCCGCAUAGUCCAACGUAUUGAAAGGUUUAAACAACGACAUAAAAGAAUUCGAAAGUCAAUUAGGUAUGUUUUCCUGCUGAAAAAGCUGAGAAUUAUGUGCAGUUACUAUCUGACCCGGGUUAAGUGGGUGGGUGGUGGUGUUGGCUGGUGGUGGUUGGUGACGUCGGGCCAGGUGUGAGUAGUUGUGAUAGAAAAACAGAACCAAGGAGGUAAGGUUGCUGAAGUUGGGACCCAGAGAAAGAGAGAGAGUCACUCUUCCUUCUGUCUCCCUGACGUUUACCCUGUUGUUUACACUCCCAGACGGCUGCUGCUCCAAGAGCAGAGAGAGCCAUGCUGCGGAGCAAAAUGAAUAUGUGACAUAUCUGUCUGUUUUUUGGCGAGGGGAGGAGGGUCCCGAGGCUAGCGAUGGAAGGGUCAGACCCGGGUGGCCUCUUUGGCGCACAGGAAUCAGGAAGAGGAUGCUGGUUGCCACGGUAACCAGUGCUCCACUCCCUCCCCUUCCCCUCCACAACCAGCUAGUUUAAGUAUGAGUUAACCAUGUGUGAAUCAAUGAGCCCUCAUAGAUCAAAACUGCACUAAAGUGAUCAUGCCAGCCAAACUUGUGAGACUUUAUUUUAUUUUACUUUAUUUUAUUAUGUUUUUUUAGAAUCGACUAGAGUGACCACCACUUUUGUUAGUUAACAGCUCACCACCUGUUCAGAUCAACGGAUGAAAUACUGGGAUGGACACUCACUUCUAGAGCACAGAAAGCCACUUCUUAAACACACAAUCAAUCAACUCACACACUUAUUAAGAGCGCUCACAAUUACGCAUCCAACAUUUGCAAACACAGCCCCGUGCCAGAUUGAAUUUCAAAGGGAAGUCUUAAAUAUAUAGACAAUCUGAGGAGGCCUUUAUGCUUUUAAUCAUUUUCUAUAUCGACCCCCACCAUUACCCCGUACGUUUUCAGUUCAAUUAAACAAUUUCUCAAUAAGCAUCAUACUCCAGCAAAUUCAAUUAAUAUCACCCACCCAACCUCACAAAAUAACUGGACUGCCUGGCCAUGUUCUUCACUGCAGGGAAACAAACAUAGUUGGCCAACCCGACUGGCGACCAUCUCAUCAGCUUCGUAGAGAGAACUAGCUCUGCUGCGUAAGAUUUACGAUGGCUAAGGUGAUUUCUUUUCUAAUCUAUGGAAGUGCCUCUGUAUUCCCAUUAUGCAAUUUGUCAAACAUGAAUUCAGGUUCUUUUUCUCACAUAUAAGCUAUAGUGAAUGGUGAAAUUUUAUGUCAGGAGAGGAAAACGGUGACAGCUCACUAGAUAAUUGCAAGCAUCUUUAUAUAUAAUACACAUAUAUAUUUAUAGAUAUAUACAUUUUUUAUUUGCAAGAUAAGCUCUGUGGCAGUCUAGUUAUUUUUUGAAGCAUGGCGUACAUCGCACAGUCAUAGGAUGCAUCUCAAAACCGCUGAUUUGAGCUUAAGUACCAGUCCCUGAACCCACACUUGCAUUAAAUAGCAAAAAAAAAAAAAUAUCCAUGGCAAAUGCAACAAUAGAUACAUAGAUAACAACAGUAAAUGAUAAUGUAGUUGAGGAUAAAAAAAAAAGAACAGAUUUGAUUUUGGUUUCUCUUUCUUGUUUUGAUGGGAAGUAUUGUUAUUGAAACUAAAUGAUGUAUGUUGAUUGAGCCAUGUGCAAUGCCUUGGUAGAGGAAUUGUGUUUGUCUGUUAGAGAUUGUUUGAGGGUGUCAAGAGAAAGGAGGGAAAACCCUCUAGGUUUUUUUUUUUUGAUUUUUGUUUUUUUUCAAGUCCACAUGCUCUGGGACUCUAAAUACGAGGGCGGAGAGAAAAAAAUCCCAGUCUUUGUAAGUUUUGGGGAAAUUGUUUUUAAUUUCCUUUUUUUCCUUUAUCGCUUUUUUAAAGAAAAAAAAAUUCAUUUGUAAUGAUUUGUUUUCAAAAAUGUGGGAGGGCUGAACGAACAAUUUUGCAAAACAUAAACUAUAUAUCACUAUGAAAACUGGUGCUUUCUACAGAAUGAAGUACAUUCAAACUCUAUUAUACAUAAAUAAUAAUAAACAAAAUUAAGUGUUAUCAUAAAGCAAAUUUUAGGAAAAACAUGCAUUAUUCUAUUUCUCUUUUUGUAUUUACCAAGGGGGGAGGGGUUCAUUGUAUGAAAAGGUUGUUGUGACAAAAGGCAUUUUUCCCCAACCUUUACACCAUAGCAGAGGAAGAGUCCUCGGAGAAACAUGAGACAGAUCUUCCACAGGAACGGACUGUGGUCACGGGUGCCCGAUGUCGGAGGCACCGCUAGCCAUUCUUGUAAACUAAAAUGUACAAUUUUCCAGACUAUUUCAUCUUGUAUCCAGCUUGUGGGGCACAUCUUAGACUGUCCAACACAAGUGAUCGGAACAUUGGACAAAGACAAGAUCUUCCCCAGUUUUGGGAGAUGCACUAGUAUGGAUUUCCAUUUCAAAAAGUGAGCAGGAACGAUGUGUCUGUUGGACGAGACGGGGGUUGCAUUGUGAAAUUGAUUUUUUUUUUCUUUUUUUUUUUAUAGUAGGUGUUAAUUGACUAGUAGAUUCCUGUCUCUCACACCGCGAGACGGAAUUCAUGGCCUCUGAUCAGAGGGGUGCUGUCAUCAAUUUUCAAUAACAGUAAAGUGAACCCCACCCCCCCACACACACCCCUUCCGCCUCCCCUCCCGAACUCCUAAUCUCCCACUGUAAAUGAUUCUAAAUAUUUGUUUGGUGAUGUAGUGUUAUAGACUCAGAGCAUCUUAAAGGUUGUCCCUAAAAAGUGCCUUUUGUUCACAGAUUCCAUCUUGUAAUCCUGAGUGCCCGUCUCAAAAGAAAAAAAAAAAGUCCCCUCCUUCAUACUUCUUCUAUAUCCACUUCUUCUACUUCUCUUCCUCUUCUUCGAGCUUUUCAAAGCAGUAUACAUAGUACUAAAGGAAAUUGGUGUGAUUUAGUUCCUCUUUUUAUUGUUGAAUAAUUAAGAAAAGCAGAAAAAAAGCAAAAAAAAAAAAGAUAUU